AUGGAUUCUUAUCCAUCUUCCCACACCUCAAAAUUUGUUGACUUACUUAAUAGCCUACAAAGCAUUUCGUUUGGUAACUAUGAAGAUAGUGUCUCACAAGCUUCUUCACAAGCUGUUGGAACCGAAGAUGGUGGAGAGACUGGUACACAGCGUAGAGAACGGCGGAAGUGGACGCCUGCGGAUGAUAUUGUCCUCAUUAGCUCGUGGCUUAACACAAGCAAAGAUGUUAUGGUUAGCAAUGAGCAAAAAUCAAGCACUUUCUGGUCAAGAGUAGCAGCUUAUUUUGCGGCAAGUCGUCAAGAUGCCUACGAAGCUGCAAGCAGGGAGAAGACCAGCGGUCAAAAUGAGAAUGAUGUGCUCAAACUAGCACAUCAAAUGUUCUACACGAACCAUAACAAGAAAUUCUUCCUCGAAUAUGCUUGGAAAGAGCUGAGGAACGACCAGAAGUGUGUGAAGACGGUGGAGAUUCUUCAAGCUCUCAACCAACUGAAGCGUCCACCCGGUGUAAAAGCGUCAAAGGCCCGUGGUAAGAAGCCAGUGGCUGAGGAGAAAGCGAUGAAGGAGUUUGAGACAAUGUGGUCUAUAAGACAACAGGAUCUCGCCCAGAAGGAACGCUUGUCUAAGAUGAGACUACUGGACAGUCGCAUUGCCAAGAAAGAACCUCUCGUUGAGUAUGAAGAAGAGCUCAAGAAGAAGCUGAUUAAUGAGUUGUUGUUGUCUUAG